CAUCCCGGAUUCGAGCCAUGGCUGAMGGCUGCCGGACGCCUCAGGCUCGGGCGCUUCUGCAGCAGUGCCUGCACGCGCGACUACAAGUUCGCCCAGCUGAGGGGGACGCUGCGGCCCAGUGGGUGGAGGUUCAGAGAGGAUUAGUGAUCUAUGUGUGCUUCUUCAAGGGAGCUGAUAAAGAACUUCUUCCAAAAAUGGUUAAUACACUAUUAAAUGUGAAAUUAAGUGAGACAGAAAAUGGCAAGCACGUCUCUGUACUGGAUCUACCUGGAGACAUUCUWAUCAUCCCUCAAGCCACCCUUGGUGGUAGAGUAAAAGGAAGAAAUAUGCAGUAUCACUCCAACUGUGGAAAAGAAGAAGGGUUAGAACUUUAUUCCCUAUUUGUAUCUCUCUGUGAAAAAGAAUUAGCUGCAAACAGUAAGUGCACUGAAGCUGGGGUUGUAGUGGAACRUGGCACUUAUGGGAACAGGCAGGUAUUAAAGCUGGACACCAAUGGACCAUACACACACCUAAUGGAGUUUUGAGAAAUUAAAAGUUAGUUCCUACAGCUGUUUUGUGGUAUAAAAUGACCUGGACUAUAAUUAGAUUUUCUUCCCCUUUGUCUCUUGAAUAUACUAAUGUAUAGCAUUUUCAGAUAAGAAAAUCUUGAGUCCUGUAAGUAAUUGCAACAUGCUAAUCAGAUGACCUUGUCAAGUCACCUAAACUCUGGAGCUCAGUCACUCUGUCCUGCUUUCUACCAUCCUUCCACUCAAGUAUUUGAAAAAUCCUUGUUUAUUCACUUAAUCAUUAAAGAAGCCUUUUAAACCAUAUYUUAAAGAUUAUAUACAUUUUAUUUUGUAAUGAAGUAAUGUGUACAAUUAAGAAAAACACAUUUCUUAUACCCUCAAAUUUAUGUACUGUGUACUAAAAGUAAAAGUCAUUGUAUGAAAGUUGAGGUGAAAUCCAACACAAACCAAUUAUAACUUUGUCGAUUUUGUUUCACUAUUUCAGUUUUCUUUUUUUGGGUGUGUGGUGCUAGGGAUCAAAGCCAGGGCCUUGCACAUGCAGAGCACAUGUUGUGCCACUGAGCUAUCUUCCCAGCUCAGUUUUCUAUAUUUUGAAUGAAAUAAUAUGUAACUUACUAUUMCUUUUAAUAAUAUCUAUGAAAAUGUAAUGUAGAAAUGUUAUUGUACAUUA